GCAGUCAGCUCUAAUAUUAUUGUUAUCUGGAAAGUAGUGAAAUCAGCCACAAGAGGGAACUGUACCUUCGGUUUUCUCUGUUCCAGUCGCCGAUGCACAGAAUCUGUUAUUGAUGAUUUCUUGAUAAAGCUGAUCACAUUGAGCACUGCCAUGGCGGAUGGUGUGGACCUGAGCCGCAAGUUUGUAUCAGAAUCAGAGUUGGAGGAGAAGAGAAAAAAACGGCAGGAGGAAUGGGAGAAAGUUCGCAAACCUGAUGAUCCUGAAGAGGUCCCUGAGGAGGAGUAUGACCCUCGAUCCCUGUUCGAGAAGCUACAAGAACAGAAGGACAAGAAGCAGGAGGAAUAUGAGGAACAAUUCAAAUUCAAGAACAUGGUAAAAGGCUUGGAUGAGGACGAGGCCCACUUUCUGGACGAAGUGUCACGGCAGCAGUGUCUUGUAGAGAAGCAGAGGAGAGACGAGGAGAAACAGGAGCUUCAGGAAUAUAGGAGUGCUUUGAAGAAACUGGUGUCCAGUGAGAGUCAAAAGAAGGAGCCAGAGAAAAAGGCUGCACCCAAACCACCAGAGCAGAAGACCAGCCAUCUGUCUCAGGCGCACCUACUGGCUGGUGCUGUCAAGCGCCGCAGUUCCUCUCAGUCGUCAGAGAGCAGUAAGAAGCAGAAGGUGGAGGAGACAAUCACAGCAGCAGCAGAAACAACCGGAAACGGCAGUCAGACAGCCAGUAAAAGGGAUCAAGUAUUACGUCUUAGUAAUUACUUGCACCAGGUACCUGAAAUCUACAAUGCUGUGUCAUGUAAGACCUUAAGUAAACAGGAAACAAGGGAGCAGAAACUGUUGCCCAGGGCAGGAGCGACACAAGGGGGCAUGCUCCACCGGCCCUCUGCAGCCAUGUGUGUGGGCAUCCUGCCAGGGCUCGGGGCCUACUCGGGCAGCAGCGACUCCGAGUCGAGCAGUGACAGCGAAGGUAGCGUGGAAGGAACCACCUUUCCCAUAAAGUGCCACAGACUCUUCAGAUAGACACACUGAUGAGCCACACGGUCAUCCAAUUUUAUUUCUCCUUUAUUACCUUUUGGCUCCUCCCUUGUUUUUGCCCUUUUAGCUGGGUGGAUCACAGUUACUUGAUCUCUUAUGAAACUAUAAGCUGAGUAAUUUGCUGUGUUUUAGUUCUGAAAUCUGAAGUUCUGGAUGUGCACACUUUUUUAAUAGGCUCUUUUUCCUUAUCUGGUUUAGUACUAAUUAAAGGCUGCUUUAACAAUAAUUGGCACUGUGGUCACUGAUGUGUUGUGCGUUGAAAUGACUCCUCCCCCAUCAUCCCCGUAUUACAUUCCAUACAGUAUAAUUCCUGCACCUAAACCUGGCGACGACACCCUCCGUGCCUCCGUGGCUUCUACCGUGCUGCUGACCGAGGGGACGACGGCUGACGUCAGUGGGACGAAGAGAAGGCUGCUUUGUUACUUAAUCAGAUAUCUUCAGUACCAUCAUAUGAAAGAAGCAGACUGUUAUGGCAGUGCUGGUUGGAAGAUGUGGAAAAUAUGUCUUUCAGAAGGUUGUCCCCCCCCUUUUAUCUGUUCUUUUUUUCUUUUUUUUUUUUUUUUUAAAUGCUGCGAUGCUUAAAAUGCUGGAUAUUUUAUGAACUGUUCCUUAUAAGGAUAUAAAUGUGUGUGAAAGCUGGAUGGGACAUUAAAGCCAAAGGGAAAAGAAAAG